AUGAGGAUUAAUAUCGGAGAGAUUGGACAAGUGACAUGCUUAUUAUUUAGACAUUAUUUGCAACUUGGACGUCACGGCUCUGUCAUCCACGAUUCCAUGCACAUGAUGCAUGCGUUUCAUGCACCGUAUAGUGAGUGUUCUCAGAUCUAGAAACACGGGGUAAAGUGACCGACAUUUGGGGCAUUGUUUUUGAAUGAGUUGAUUGAGGGAAAUUCUAACACCCCUGCCCAUCAUUUAGCCCACGUUCCUCGUAAUAGUCCUCAUGCAUCAGCACCAUAUUUGGGGAAAUAUCAUCUUAUUCAUUUUACUGACUUUCCAACCCAGGACUCAGUUAUUGAAAUCCCUCGCGAUUGCUGUCUCUAGCAUGCAAUUCACAUUGCAGAGUUCAAAGUUGAAUAAAACCGCAAGGGUCAAUAACAAAGGAUAUGUUUGAAAAAAAUGGAGCAGUUUGAAUCGACAAACUUCAAAGCAGAUAUAUACACCAAGCAAUCAAUAUCAGACAUUGCAAGAUGGACCAUCGAGGAACAUUUGAUGGUGGAACAGGAUUACGGUGAUCCCUUUUACAUUUGUGACCUCGGUGACGUGAUUGCAAAAGACAGACAGUGGCAGGAGUUGCUACCUACAGUAGAGACAUUUUAUGCCGUCAAGUGUAACCCUGACCCGGCAAUUUUGAAGUUGAUGGUGGGACGUCAUCGAAGCUUUGACUGUGCAAGUAAGAGAGAGAUUGAGAUGGUGUUGGAUGCGGGAGCUAGCCCUGACCGCAUCAUCUACGCCAACCCAUACAAACAGGUGUCGCAUCUCCGCUACGCCAAGGAGAAGGGAGUCAGUCUCAUGACCUUUGACACCAUGGAGGAGUUGCAAAAGGUCAAACGCGUCUAUCCAGAGGCAAAGCUUGUGCUGCGCAUGUUGUUUGACGACCCGAGCGCAGUCUAUAAAUUGGGGUCCAAGUUUGGCUGCCCACUGGAUGACAUCCCAGGAUUGAUGCAGCUAGCUAAGGCGUUGGCAAUGGAAAUCAUCGGUGUCAGCUUCCACAUUGGGAGCGGUGCUUCCAAUCCGGAGGUGUUUUCCGGGGCCAUAUCGUGUGCCAAGUCGCUGUUUGACGCCGGGAGAGCCCUCGGCCAUGACAUGAAGUUGUUGGACAUUGGAGGAGGAUAUCCUGGAAGAGAGAACUUCAAACCUGGAUUCCAACAGUUUGCAGAUGCAAUAAGCGAGUCAUUGAAGCGGCAUUUCCCGUCGGGCUGCGGGGUGAGAGUGAUCGCUGAGCCCGGUACGUACUACGUCGAAUCGGCGGUGCAUCUCGUGGCUAACGUCAUAGCCACACGUGAUGGCAACAACAACGGUGCUGACCAGAAAAGUGGCAAACUGACAAAAUAUUACUAUUUAAAUACGGGGUUAUACAACUCCUUCAGUCCGCUCUUCACGGAUCCGAAUUUCUUCGCGCCACCAUAUCCGCUGAGAAAACUGCAAAAAGACGAGCCUUUGUACCCAUCAUGCAUCUGGGGUCCGACUUGUGAUGCAACUGAUUGUCUGUUUCCCGACUGCAAGCUCCCGCUAUUAACAGCUGGCGACUUCGUCAUUUUCCAAAAUAUGGGAGCAUACGCGUCUUCAACUAGCUGUGAUUUCAACGGAUUUGGAACCCCGAAAUCCUAUUAUGUCGCACCAAAAGAAUCUCUACCCAUCCUACGCGAGAUUUUCCAAGACAGCACCAUGAGCAAAGGAGUAGUUUUUGAUGAGCAAGCGUCCGUAUAAAAAUAGGUCUAUUUAAGUAGGGCCUACUAUAGGUUCCACUUAGGCCUACACGGUUCAGAAGUUUUUCAUUCGAAAUAAACUUUCGAAAUGAAUACUAAGAUCGGUAAAUCAUAAAUAAAUGUUACCUGAUUAGUGAGUAAUCAACUAUAAAAACGAAAGGAUCUUCCUAUUAACAGCGUCUCAAUGCUUCACUCGUUCCCAGGCCGCUGGCAGCAGGGUUAGGGUUAUCUGGCCGUUAAUUAAUACGGCUGAAUUUCGUACAGCUCUUAUAAUACGAGAGAUUUUGGUUAGCUGAGGACCCCCCCCCCCCCAUUUUGCUCGUGUUUCUACGCCAUACAAUGCAAUUUCGUAGAGCUGUAAAGUAGGGGGAUGGAAUGGUUAGCAAAUUUAGUUGCUUAUUAUUUUUAUUUUAUUGAUUUUUUAUUAAACUUCUCCACUGGCCGAUAUGAAAAAAAUAUUACAAGAUACAUAUACACAAUCAUAAAUUUAAAAAUACAAAGAAUUUACAAUAUAUAUCAAUUGUAAAAAAAAGAAAGAGAGUUUAUGACAGACUACAGAUGAAGCCAGUGAGCGGUAAGAUGACUAGCACCGUACCUCUACAGAGCCAUCCUACCACUAGCCUUUCGCCAAGGUCAUCGUGGCUUAGAGCUGCUGUGAAACAGCGAGCGACUGGUCGCGUAUGUGGUCUCCCGCUCCAAUCGCUUCGCCUGUCUAAUUGUAUUUGACUGAUUUCAAUGUUUUAAUUGCUUGUUCUCCCAAUUUGUUUUGAGUAUAUUUUUAGUAUAUUUUAUUAUAUUUUUCUGGUUCAAUUGUUUGUUAUUCGUUUUAAUUGUUUUAGUUGUCCAUAUUAUAUUUUUGUUGUAAACGUUUAUGUCCCUAAUGCAUGUGAUGAUCUUAUUUUAAUGUAUUCUGGUAUGUUUAAUAUUAACUACAAUUUAGUAAUUUCCCUAUUUUUUCUAUCUUGAUUUAGAGCCGUAUGUUACAUACAUAUUUUCCAUUAUUUUAACAUAAUAUGUAUGACACGUUAAGGAUUUGUUAGGGGGGUGUUUUAGUCUUUUCUUGAUUUUAAUUUCUUUGUUUUAUUUUCAAUGUUUUGUCUCUAUAAUGUGUUGUUCAUACCUUUUAAUAUGAUAUGUUUGGCAUUUUAUGAUUAACUUACUUUUACUUAUUCAUAUUUUCUUAUCCUCGCGUCUAUAGAGUACAGUAAAUUCAUUUUCUCUAUUAUUGUAAUCUUGAUUUAUCAACUACUUUAAAUCUUACAUUCUAAUUUGAAUUUU